AUGGUCAGGGCGGGCCUGCAGAGGAUAGUUCAUGCUCCUCCCUGAGCUCUGCAAGCACCCCUACCUCCUGGCACUCUCUCCAGUCUCCUUUCUGCUCCCCAAACCUGCCAGACUCUUUCCUAUCCCAGGGCCUUUGCACAUGCUGUACCCAUCACCCAGUUCACACACCCCCAUCUUCCAUACCUAGUUCCUUGUCAUUCAGGCCUUCCCCCAGUUAAGGGUAGAUUCCAGCCUUCACCCCAUUUAUCUUUUAGAUCAUCCCCCUGUUUAUAUACUUCCCUGUGGUUAUCACCACCUCUAAUUAUUCAUUUAUUUUUUUGCUUGAUACUUGUCUGUCUCCCCCACUGGACUCUGAACUCCAUGAGAACAGGCAACUAAAAUCUGUUAUUCCCCAUUAUGUCCCCAGUGCCUGGAGAGUGCCCAGCACCCCAAAUGCUCUAGAAAUGAUUGUUGAAUGAGUAAGUGCCUCUUGGAACCCAGACCCCAUUCUGAAUGCAGGGAGAACAAAAUUUAAUGAAAUUAAUAUGGUCACUGUCUGCAUGGACCGCGUGUGACACUGAGGCAACCAUUGAAGAGGAGCAGUGACUUCACUCAUGCAUCUCAAGGCUGAUUGUGUUCGUUGCUGGGAUACUCAUGGCCUGAGUGUGUAUAUAUGAGCGCCUACCACCAGAGUCACCCCCAAAGUCCCAACUGUGCAGCCAAAGCCUCCAUCUGGGGCCUGAUCAGGGAUGACAGAUAAGUUUCACCUCCAGUUCAUGGUACAGGCCACUGGAAAGACCUUGUUUUGAAAGAUUCUGGAGCUGCUAUUGGGUUUCACGAGAAAGAAUGCGUGGAUCAAUUAGCCAUGUCUGUUCCAGGCAAGAGAAGGGAGAGAGAGGCACAAAGGCCAUGUUCGCCUUCUCUGCUGUGUGUGAUCACUCCACAUCACUGGAUGGGAAAUGGCCCUUGCCUUGCCUUCCAGGCCAUGCCAGCCCAGUGCUUCUGGACAGAACUGCAUGAUGGCCAGCAUGUGGCUUUGGCGUUGCCAACUCCUGUUUUGGAAUCUGACUCCUCAGCCACAUGGUCUUCAGGCGAAACCAGAUCCAGGGCCUCCAGGAGAAUGUGCGGAAGCUUCCGAAGCUGCCCAACCUGUCCCCACUCGCCAUCAAGCACUUGUGGAUUCGCACUGCCUUGUUUGAGAAGGUGCUGGACAAAAUUGUGCAUUACCUGGUGGAAAACAGCAGUAAGUACUACGAGAAGGAGGCCCUCCUGAUGGACCCUGUGGAUGGCCCCAUCCUUGCAUCUUUGUUGGUAGGGCCCUGUGCCCUAGAGUACACCAAGAUGAAGACUGCGGAUCACUUCUGGACUGACCCCUCGGCGGACGAGCUCGUGCAAAGACACCGCAUCCACAGCUCGCACCUGCGGCAGGACUCACCCACCAAGCGGCCGGCUCUCUGUAUCCAGAAAAGGCAUUCAAGUGGCAGCAUGGACGACCGACCAUCCCUUUCUGCCCGUGACUAUGUGGAGUCCCUGCAUCAGAACUCCAGGGCCACACUGCUCUAUGGCAAGAACAACGUUCUGGUUCAGCCGAGGGAUGAUAUGGAGGCUGUGCCAGGGUACCUGUCCCUGCACCAGACAGCUGAUGUCAUGACCUUGAAGUGGACACCGAACCAGCUAAUGAAUGGGUCGAUGGGGGACCUGGACUAUGAAAAGAGCGUCUACUGGGACUAUGCCAUGACCAUCCGCCUAGAGGAGAUUGUGUAUCUGCACUGCCACCAGCAAGUGGACAGCGGCGGGACAGUGGUGCUGGUCAGCCAGGAUGGGAUCCAGAGGCCGCCCUUCCGCUUCCCCAAGGGAGGACACCUCCUGCAGUUCCUCUCGUGCCUGGAAAACGGGCUGCUCCCUCAUGGGCAGCUGGACCCUCCACUCUGGUCUCAGCGGGGAAAGGGCAAAGUAUUUCCCAAGCUGCGCAAGAGAAGCCCUCAGGGUUCUGCUGAGUCCACGUCUUCAGACAAGGAAGAUGACGAGGCCACAGAUUACGUGUUCAGGAUCAUCUACCCCGGCAUGCAGUCUGAAUUUGUUGCUCCUGACCCCCUGGGCAGCACUGCCUUCGAUUCCGUGAGACCCGCCUGGAUGGUGGUUCCUGCCGGCCGGUCUGUGCUGGUGGUGGCAAGGGGCGGUCCAUGGGCACGAACUGGAUGGGGCACCGCCUUCCCCAGGCCGGGCCUGAAGCAGCAGCCCCCCAUCCCCCAGGACCUAAUGGAUGUCUCCGUGAGCAACCUACCACCCUUAUGGCAACCCAGCCCCCGGAAAUCCUCCUGCUCGUCCUGCUCACAGAGUGGCUUGGUCGACGGCGGCUCAUCCAAUGGCUGCAACCAUGAGAGGGCCCCGCUGAAGCUCCUCUGUGACAACAUGAAGUACCAGAUCCUUUCCAGAGCCUUCUAUGGAUGGCUUGCCUACUGCAGACACCUGUCCACUGUGAGGACCCACCUGUCAGCCCUGGUCAAUCACAUGAUUGUGUCUCCGGAUUCACCCUGCGAUGCUGGGUGCGGGCUGACGGCCAGGAUCUGGGAGCAGUACCUUCAGGACAACACGAGUUAUGAGGAACAGGAGCUGCUACGCCUUAUCUACUAUGGGGGCAUCCAACCAGAGAUCCGCAAGGCCGUGUGGCCUUUCCUCCUGGGCCAUUACCAGUUUGGGAUGACAGAAGCAGAACGGAAGGAGGUGGAUGAGCAGAUUCACGCGUGCUAUGCACAGACCAUGGCUGAAUGGCUGGGCUGCGAGGCGAUCGUGAGGCAGAGGGAGCGGGAGUCCCACGCAGCUGCCUUGGCUAAGUGCUCAUCGGGGGCCAGCCUGGACAGCCACCUGCACCAGAUGAUGCACCGGGACUCCACCAUCAGCAACGAGUCUUCCCAGAGCUGCAGUUCCGGCCGCCAGCAUGUCCGCCUACAGAGUGACUCCAGCAGUGGCACACAGGUGUUUGAGUCUGUAGAUGAAGUGGAACAGGUGGAGGCAGAAGGCAGGUUGGAGGAGAAACAGCCCAAGAUCCCCAAUGGGAGCCUGGCGAACGGCACCUGUUCCCCUGACUCUGGCCAUCCCUCUUCCCACAACUUCUCCUCGGGCCUCUCAGAGCACUCGGAGCCCAGCCUGAGCACAGAAGACAGCGUCAUGGACGCCCAGCGGAACACUCCCCUGGCGCGUCGACCCGGGGACAGCAGCGUGGAUGAUGGGCAGAGCAGCGAGGCCACCACCUCCCGAGAUGAGGCCCCCCGCGAGGAGCUGGCUGUGCAGGACAGUCUGGAGAGCGACCUCCUUGCCAACGAGAGCAUGGACGAGUUCAUGUCCCUCACUGGCAGCAUGGACGUGGCCCUGCCCGGGAAGGAGGGGGCCGCCAUGGAGCGCUGGGGGGGUGGUGAGGUGGAGAAGCACAGCCAGGUGGACAGCGAAGACAACCUCUCAGAAGAGCCUGAGAUGGAAAGUCUCUUUCCUGCCCUGGCUUCUCUGGCCGUGGCCACGUCCGCCAACAACGAGGCGUCGCCUGUGUCUUCCAGUGGUGUCACUUACUCUCCGGAGCUCCUGGAUCUGUACACGGUGAACUUGCACCGCAUCGAGAAGGACGUGCAGAGGUGUGACCGCAACUACUGGUACUUCACGCCUGCCAAUCUGGAGAAGCUGCGGAACAUCAUGUGCAGCUACAUCUGGCAGCACAUUGAGACCGGCUAUGUCCAGGGCAUGUGUGAUCUCCUGGCUCCACUGCUGGUCAUCCUGGAUGACGAGGCCCUUGCCUUCAGCUGCUUCACGGAGCUGAUGAAGCGAAUGAACCAGAACUUCCCCCACGGAGGUGCCAUGGACACGCACUUUGCCAACAUGAGGUCGCUGAUCCAGAUUCUGGACUCAGAGCUCUUUGAGCUGAUGCAUCAGAAUGGGGACUACACCCACUUCUACUUCUGCUACCGCUGGUUCCUGCUGGAUUUCAAGCGAGAACUCAUCUAUGAUGACGUCUUCUCUGUCUGGGAGACCAUUUGGGCAGCCAAACACGUCUCAUCCGCCCACUAUGUCCUCUUCAUCGCGCUGGCUCUGGUGGAGGUCUACCGGGACAUCAUCUUGGAGAACAAUAUGGACUUCACGGACAUCAUCAAAUUCUUUAACGAAAUGGCCGAACGGCACAACACCAAACACGUCCUGAAGCUGGCCCGGGACCUCGUGUACAAGGUGCAGACUCUGAUCGAGAACAAGUGAGGGCCUGCUCCCCUGGGCCUUGUCCGCCGAGCUGCCAUCCGCCUGCCCAGCCCACUUUUCACUCCCGGCUGCCCUGGGAGCGAGGUCCCGGUGUCUGUUCAUGAGCGUGGACUUCUGUGCAAAGAGAAACUACCCCAACUUUGGCCACCCAGGCAGGUGGGGUCGAGGGGUUGCCCCUUCAGUUCAGCCUUACGUUUUCCCGUUUGACCAAAGAUUGUCCGAGUCUGGGAUUCCUCCCUUGCGGGAGUUGGGGUGUGUCAGUGGUCAGAGGUAGCCUUUUCGUGGAUGGCCUCCAGAAGGGUCGCCUCUCUCUUACUCUGUCCCAAUGCCUCCAAGUUGUUCUGUCAGAUGAGACUUGGGGAGGGAAUUUUGGGGGGAAUUGGUGUAGGAGAGGUCCAUGGGACUACCUCUGUGCCCUGGAAUGGGCCUUUGGAGAACAGAACAUGGCUGGAAGGUUAGUUUAGAGCAGUUUUUGUACCUUGGCACUGUUGACAUUGGAGCUGGAUAAUUCUUUUCUGUGGGGGCUGUGUAUUAUAGGGUGUUGAGCAGGAUCCUGGCCUCUACCUGCUAGAUGCAAGUAGGGCCCCCUCCCCAACCCAGUUGUGACAACCAAAACGUUUCCGGAUAUUGCCACAUGUCCCCACUGGAGAACCACUGAUGUCCCCAAGGGCUUCCCAGCGUAUCUCCCUCCCUGUCUUUUCUUGACACUAUGUGUGGCCUGAGGUCCCUUCCCAUUCAGCAGAGGCCUGCAGGAGUCCACAUCCAUCUCGGGAGCCUGGAUACCAUUUGCUCUAUUCUCUCAUUUUUUUUCUCCUCCACCUGACCCCAGGAGAGACUUCUUUUCUUUCUUUUCAAGACAGUCCUCUCCCUGGAAGGGUAAUGGAGUGUGAGACACACCUAAGGAGUGGGACAGCCUGAGGCUCCUCGGGGUCCUGUGCAGAGCCCCCCACCCCCCCCACCCCCACAGACAGGGCAGAGACCUCAUCCCUUCCUUCACCUCCUGGGGAAGACCUCGCCUCCCCUUCAGCACGUGGGGUCUGGUGCUGCAGAAGCUUAGAAGGUGUGUGUUGAUGAAAGCCCCUUCUAGAAAAGUCAGAGAGGCUGGCUUUUCCCUAGGUGCCUGGCUCGCUCAGGAUAAAGGGGCAUAAGGAAAGCAGAGGUCAGCCAGGGUUGACUGGGACAUGUGUUUUCCUUGCAAACAUGCUGAUGACCUGGGACCAGAAUCACGGCUCAGUCUGGGAAUAGUCCCCUCCGUGUCAUCAUGGAGAGGGCUGCCAGUCACAGACAGCCGCUGAGCUGGCUGGUUCGCCCUGCCCACCAGUCCUUCUGUAGGAGCGUUCCUGCCAACCUUUUCUGAGAAUGCUUGGGAAUCUGGAGAAGCAGUGUCGGGUUGGAAGUCUCCUCCCCAGAAUGGCAGGGAGGAUUUGGGAGAGGGGAGGAGACUCAAAGCCCAUCGAAGCCCUUACAGAGAGGAUACGUUGGUCCUCUGUCCUGAGCAAACCAGGAUGGGAAGGAACCCCUGCCCUGUGUGCUUGUGAAGGUGAAUCCCUCGGUCCCAGUGCCUUCCACUGCAUCCAACCCCCUUCGUCCCUGCCGUGGGGGCCUCUUGAGCAGUAUGGGCAAGAUCUAAAUGAUGCUUGCCUCCAAAGAGUGUGCUCCAUGACAAUCGUGUCUCCUUGAUCUGGUCCCCUGCCUUCCCAAGACGGGGAAAAUAUGUGCAAAAGCCCCCUUUGGUUCAAAGUGUAUCUAGCCACUCAGCUGUUCAUUACAGAGGACAUUAUUUCAGCAAGACCCAGGUCCUAGACCUUCCAACUCGUAUUUAUUUUCUUGACAGACCUGUCACAAAGUACAGCACACAGUCCCUUCUCUUCCUUCUCUCUCGCGGUGUUCCAGAGAAGUGUCCGUGGUUGUGAUUUGGAACAUCGCCUAUUUAUUCGGCUUACUGUGCUUUUUUCGGUCUCCGUACAUCGUGCGCGUCCUUGUGUCCUGGAAAUCGAGUGUGUGGGAAGUUGUCCUGUCUAUGGGGUGCCCGCCUCCUUUUUUCAGUGUUGCCAACAUAUCUUGUAACUGUUUACUGAAGAGUUGUGUCUAUAUAGAGAGAAAAUAUAUAUAAACAGAGAAAUGUGUGAA